AACAUGCAGAUCUUUGUGAAAACCGUGAUGGGCAAGCCCAUCACUCUAGAGGUCAAGCCCAGUGACACCAUCGAGAAUGUCAAGGCCAAGAUCCAAGACAAGGAAGGCAUCUCGCCUGACCAGCAGAGGCUGAUAUUUGCUGGCAAACAGCUGGAGGAUGGCCGGACCCUGUCUGAAUACAACAUCCAGAAAGAGUCCACUUUGUACCUGGUGCUUCGUCUGCUUGAUGGCAUCAUCGAGCUGUCCCUUCGUCAGCUUGCCCAGAAGUACAACUGUGACAAGAUGAUCUGCUGCAAGUGCUGUGCACGCCUGCACCCUCAUGCAGUCAGCUGCCGCAAGAAGUGCGGCCACACCAACAACCUGCGCCUCAAGAAGAAGAUCAAAUAA